CAAGCCUCCUACACACACCUUAAACUGCAGAAUGGCUCCAUCACCUUGACAGCUGUUUUUAUACCAAGACUAACUGUCUUAGCCAGCUUUGUGGGUACAAUUCACUUAAAUACAGAAACAACAAAUCUGCUGCUCUGAAUGGAGUUCCCUGUAGCCAGCGAUGGUGUUCACUCGUCUGCAUACAUACCCAGACUUCCAGUAGCCAAUGAGAAGGCACCACCUGGAGGGUAUGAUGAGUCUGGGGACUAUCAGUGUUAUGGUGAUGGGAGCAGUGUAGCAUCCCUCGGAUCUCAUGCUCUAACUGGCUACGAGACUCUAGACACCCCGCCACACUAUGACUUCUACGCCAACACAGGGGUGUGGGGCCGACGGAGGCGUUUCAGACCGUCUCUGUACCAGCUGCACACAAACCCUGAGGUUGACUCCAGACCUCCCUUGUAUGAGGAGACAACAGGUGGACAGAUGGAAGGAGGAGACAGCUCAGAGGAAGAUGAGGACGAGCAAAAGGAGCCACCACCUGAACCUACUCGCUUUGGCUGGGUACAGGGAGUCAUGAUCCGUUGCAUGUUAAACAUCUGGGGAGUGAUCUUGUACUUGAGGUUGCCUUGGAUCACUGCACAAGCUGGUAUAGGUCUGACUUGGGUGAUUAUCCUGCUGUCCUCUUGUAUAACCGGGAUCACUGGACUCUCGACCUCAGCCAUUGCUACCAACGGCAAGGUCAAAUCAGGUGGGACCUACUUCCUGAUCAGUCGCAGCCUUGGUCCAGAGCUGGGUGGGUCCAUUGGUCUGAUCUUUGCUUUUGCCAAUGCUGUAGCUGUCGCCAUGCAUACUGUGGGCUUUGCUGAGACUGUUACAGACCUCAUGUCCGAAAAUGGAGCUGUCAUGGUGGACCGAACCAAUGACAUCCGCAUCAUUGGCAUAAUCACUGUUACAUGUCUACUAGGUAUCUCAAUGGCUGGCAUGGCAUGGGAGUCAAAGGCCCAGGUUCUGUUCUUCCUGGUCAUCAUGGUGUCAUUUGCCAGUUACAUUGUUGGAACGAUCAUCCCAGCUACCCCACAGAAACAAGCCAAGGGUUUCUUUAGCUACAAAGCGGAUAUCUUUGCUGCCAAUUUUGUGCCCAGCUGGCGGGGACCAGAGGGCAGCUUCUUUGGAAUGUUCUCCAUUUUCUUCCCCUCUGCCACGGGUAUCCUGGCAGGAGCUAACAUCUCUGGAGAUCUGAAGAAUCCAGCAGUGGCUAUCCCCAGGGGAACCCUGUCAGCAAUAUUCUGGACCACCAUAUCCUACCUCAUCAUCACUGCAACCAUAGGAUCCUGUGUGGUGCGGGAUGCAUCUGGUUUGUUAAACGACACCCUGUUACCGUCCUCUUCUGUUGAGGAUUGUGUUGGUUUAGCUUGUCGAUAUGGAUGGGACUUCACAGAGUGUAUCAACAGUAGCUCAUGCACCUAUGGCAUCAGUAACUACUAUCAGGCAAUGAGCAUGGUGUCGGCCUUCGCCCCUCUCAUCACUGCUGGUAUAUUUGGAGCGACGUUGUCCUCUGCUUUGGCCUGCCUGGUGUCUGCUCCCAAAGUCUUCCAGUGUCUGUGUAAGGACAAACUCUACCCUCUAAUCGGCUUCUUUGGCAAAAGUUACGGCAAGAAUGAAGAACCACUCAGAGGCUACCUGCUAGCGUACAUCAUCGCUGCCUGCUUCAUUCUCAUUGCCGAGCUGAACACCAUCGCUCCCAUCAUCUCCAAUUUCUUCCUCUGCUCCUACUGCCUGAUCAACUUCAGCUGCUUCCAUGCCUCCAUCACCAACUCACCAGGUUGGCGUCCAUCCUUCAGGUUCUACAGUAAGUGGUUGUCGUUGCUGGGCUUUUUGUGUUGUGCGGUUAUCAUGUUCCUGCUGAAUUGGUGGGCAGCCCUCAUUGUGUUUGGCAUCGUCUUCUUCCUUUUGGGAUACACACUCUACAAGAAGCCUGAUGUUAACUGGGGCUCGUCAGUCCAGGCAAGCUCCUACAACAUCGCUCUGAACCAGUGUGUAGGCCUCAACCAUGUGGAGGACCAUAUCAAGAAUUACAGACCCCAGUGUUUGGUGCUAACAGGUCCUCCAAGCAGUCGUCCAGCUCUGGUGGAUCUCGCAGCCUGUUUCACAAAGAAUCUCAGUCUCAUGAUGUGUGGCAAUGUAGUCACUGCUGGUCCUUCCCCAUCAGUAGUGGAAAAGGUGAGCAGCAACAGUCAUGUUACCUGGUUGAACCGACGGAAAGUCAAGUCAUUCUACAGUGGUGUAGUGGCUACAGAGCUACGCCCAGGAGUGAACAUGUUGCUUCAGGGGGCAGGUUUGGGUCGUAUUAAGCCAAAUGUUCUGCAUGGUUUCAAGAAAGACUACCACACUGACACACCUCAGGCUGCACACAACUACAUAGGAAUACUGCAUGAUGCCUUUGACCUUCAGUAUGGUGUAUGCAUGCUGAGAAUGAAGGACGGCCUGGACGUCUCUUACCCGCCUCAGUCAUUUGUUAAUCUCAGCUUUGAUGGAGGACAAGAGAGUCUAAACACCAUCUCUGCCCCUUCCCGCAUUCAGACAAGGACUACAUCUUCUGUCUCCACUGAACCAGAGCCUCAGCCUAGUACAGUGUUCCAAAAAAAACAAGGGAAGAAGACCAUCGAUGUGUACUGGCUGUCUGAUGACGGAGGUCUGACCCUGCUGCUGCCCUACCUGCUGACUCGGAGGAAGCGCUGGGCCAAAUGUAAGGUCCGAGUGUUUGUGGGCGGAGACACAGAGAGGAAGGAGGAGCAGAGAGAGGAGGUGUUGGCACUAAUCAAGAAAUUCCGCCUUGGCUUUCAUGAUGUUGAAGUGCUUCCCGACAUCCACCAGAACCCCCAGCCUGGGAGCAUUCAUCAGUUUGAGAACAUGGUGGGUCGCUUCAAGCUGGAUACAAAUCCCAAACAGCACUGUGAUUCUGGGCCACUGAGACAGCAGGAGGAGCCAUGGAUCAUCACUGACCAGGAUUUAGAGAGGAACAAGACCAAGUCUCUUCGUCAGAUUCGUCUAAAUGAGGUCCUGCAGGAUUACUCCAGAGAAGCUGCUCUGAUUGUUAUAACCAUGCCAGUGGGGAGGAGAGGAGUGUGUCCCAAUACUCUCUACCUGGCGUGGCUGGACUUCUUGUCACAUGAUCUGAGACCUCCAAUUUUGAUGGUCAGAGGAAAUCAGGAAAACGUGCUCACCUUCUACUGCCAGUGAAAUGUCUCCUUCAGACCAGUAUACUGAUACUGAACUACAACUGAUUACUCACUAACAUCCUGACAUUUUCACUUUGAUGAUCGUCUAAUCCUGUAAUUAAUGUAUGAUUAGAUUCUGUAAUUGCCAUCUUCUGGCCCUUAAAUUUAACAUCUUAACAAUGAACACAUUUUAGAAGUUCUGCAAAUGGAAAUCACUGAAGGGAGCAUAUACGAAACUGUAGCCAUUAUUAAUAGUAAAGACAAUUGUUAUCAAAAUGAUUUGUAAUGUCAAAUAUGUGCACCACAAUGUUUUUUUUUCCUUCAGUGGUCCAGUGUGUAGAAUUUAUGGGUAUGUAUUGGCAGAAAUAGAAUGUAAUAUUACAAUCUAACGGAUACCGUCAACUCUGUGAGCACUAUGAGCAGCCAGAAGUAGGUAAAGAUUUUGUUAAUAACUAUGAAAAGAUUGGAGCUACUAACAUGUUUAUGGAUGCCAAACUACCCAUAAAUUUCCUUCUGUGAACAGUUUAAACACAAAUUUGUUCCGCUUAUGUUUCAUGAAUGAGACCCAAUGUGUCCAUGUUACCUUAGAAUGAAUCGUUUAGCUACAUAACAAGUGGAUCCUUUUCUGCGGAGUCCGCCAUGUUGUUUCUACAGGAUCCCAGAACAGACAAACCAAACACUGGCUCUGGAUAGGGCCAUUUGCAUUUUCGCAUCAGACACAAUAUUUCUCCUGUAUGCUUGGCACACAGGAGAAAUUUCAGUUGGUUGUGAUCUGCAGCCUCACCACUAGAUGCCACGAAAUCCUACACACUAGACCUUUAAAUUUGUGGCACAACAAUUAGUUACUUUAGCUCAACUUGACUGUUGAUAUUAACAUGUUUCACAGACUUACAGAACAAAUGAAAAAUAACUGCUAAGUACUAUACUUACUAUAAAACUUCAAUUAAUAGCCUGGGCUAUUAUUUGCUUAAAUCCCUGAAAUCAACAGGCUUAUAUUUGGGACAGGCAUCUACAUGGGGCAGGCCUUUAAUUCCUUUCACACAAAAACAGUUGCUCAGCAAAGAUGGGGAAUACAAUCAAAUGUUUAUUUAAACCAGCAUGAAUAUUACUUGUUUAAAAAUUAGGCUUCGGAUAAUAUAUCAAUUAUGAAUCAUUCAUUUGAUCUAUCUCCAACAGACAGCACAUUGAGUUAAGGCACUUGAGGCUUAUAGCACCCGGCAUACAGACACAACAUCACUUUAUUCUGUUAAAACAAUACUCCCAAUUUGGAUUAUUUUUUAUGAAAAACCCUUUUGAUUCUUUUGCUUUGAGGACCCUUAUGGACGAAAGGAGUAUUAAUAAGUUACAGGGUAAUUGAGGAAUGGACACAUCAUUUGAGGUAGCCAACCGGUUUUAUACCUCCAAACACUGAUGGACUCAGGGGGGCCGCCUCGGUCGAAAACGCUGCACUAAAGCGCCCUCUUGAGUGGCAAUAAUGAGAGGAUGUGCCCUAUCAGCUGCCCUCUUGAAUGAUGAAAACAAGCGGAUGUGCCCUUUUGGCUGCCUUCUUGAUUAACAAAAACGAGAGCAUGUGCCCUUUUGGCUGCCCUCUUGUCCUCAUGUCAUGCAGUAGGUGCCCUUUUUUCCUUAUCGUCCCUGCCCUUCAAACAUCCUGAGUCCGUCACUGCAUCCAAAUAACUUCCAUCCAGCCUGGAGCCUAUCCCAGCUGACACUGGGCGAGAGGCAGGGUACACCCUAGACAGGUCGGCAGACUAUUGCAGAUGUAGAGACAAACACUCACAUUCACACCUAUGGACAAUUUAGAGUCGCCAAUUAACCUAUCCCCAGUCUGCAUGUCUUUGGACUUUGGGGGGAAGCCUGAGUACCCGGAGAGAACCCACGCUGACACGGGGAGAACAUGCAAACUCCGCACAGAAGGGUUCCCACGGGAUCGAACCAGGAACCCUCUCACUGUGAGGCGACAGUGCUAACCACUACUCCACCGUGCCGCCCCUCCAAAUAACUUCUAUAAUAAAAAUUACCUGCUUGGCAUCUAGACCACACAUCUAAUUGAGAUAGGCAUUUAGUUAAGGGGACUGGGCAUUCAACUGAAGUUUUAUGGUAUAUGAAAAAGACUGUAUAUGAGUUGGAGGGCAUGUUUUCUUUAAAAACUGCCAAAA